ACCGGUUAACUGUUACCGGAGACUCUCAUCACACACACGGCAGCGCUGUAUGGUCAAACACCACAACAAUUAUUCUCCUGGACGGCUUCAUGAUUAAGCUACAAUCUUCAAUGAGUAAGCAUAUUCCACAGUUCUGUGGUGUUUUGGGUCACACAUUUAUGGAGUUUCUGAAGGGCAGUGGGGAUUACUGCCAGGCUCAGCACGGCGUUUAUGCAGAGAAGUGAACGGCUAGCCUCGCUACCUCAUCAGAAGAGAGACUUGUGUUACAGUUUUAACGUUGGCGGGUUCAGGCUUGGAGAGCAGGCGUCCACAUCGGUCGGCGGUCCUGGAUGGGGUAAAAAAAAUCUCUUGAAGUGCACUGCCCUCGUCGGCCCUUCGUCUUCACUCUCACCAGAGGACCAGCCUCCUUUUUUCUUUUCUUUUGUGAUUGAUUUUUUUCCACCCUCUUUCCUAUUUCAUUUUUGUUGUUUUGUCCUUAACUUUUAAUCCUGCCCACCUCUGGCUCACACCUCAUUUCCUAAUUACAUCCGCCAGAGUUUCUUUAAUCUUCUGUUACUGGAGAGAGUUUCUCCCAUAUUUUUUUUCAAGAUUUUCAAGCUCUAUUGCAAAGUCAAAAAUGGCUCGUAUGAAUAGACCUGCCCCAGUGGAGAUCACUUACAAAAACAUGAGAUUCCUCAUUACCCACAAUCCCACUAAUGCCACGCUUCACAAAUUCAUCGAGGAACUGAAGAAAUAUGGGGUGACAACGGUUGUUAGAGUGUGCGAGGCCACGUAUGAUGCAAACCUGGUUGUCAAGGAGGGCAUUCAGGUUCUGGAUUGGCCCUUUGAUGAUGGAGCUCCUCCCUCCAACCAGAUUGUUGAUGAUUGGCUGAAUCUUCUUCGGGUUAAGUUCAGGGAGGAGCCAGGAUGCUGCAUUGCCGUGCAUUGUGUGGCAGGCCUUGGAAGAGCCCCAGUGCUGGUUGCCCUGGCCCUGAUUGAGUGUGGGAUGAAGUAUGAGGAUGCUGUUCAAUUCAUUCGACAAAAGCGGCGUGGAGCAUUUAACAGCAAGCAGCUUUUCUACCUGGAAAAAUAUCGUCCCAAAAUGCGUCUUCGAUUCAAGGAUUCCAACGGACAUCGCACCAACUGCUGCAUUCAGUAAAAGAUUGCGCAUCAGCUUUUCUCAAAUGUUUAAUGAGAAUUUGUAUCUAGCAUAAGAAAUAUGUUCUCUUAAUUGGUAAAUGUGAAACUAAAAUGAAGCUUCUUUCAUAGUGUCCCAUUCCCUCCUCUUCAUUUCUGUAUUUCCUGUGGAGAACCUCUGUCAGCAAGGUGAAGUGCUUGUUUGAUGAACAUGAGCUUAGUGUUUUGCGAGGAAGUCGGUUGGUGAACAUGGUCAAAUCCCGCCUCUGCCAAACUCGUAGUAUGCUUUAUUGUCUAAAUGGUUUAAAUAUUUACAUUUAUUGCAUUUCUUUUUUGUUCUUGAUGAUUUGUUUAUUUGUACAAAAUGCCUGCCUCCAAAAAGAUCUAAAAUAAAUGCCUUAUCACAGCAGAAAGACACCGUCUGGUGGAGGAGUUCUCAAUGGCAUUUGGAGAGGGUUCUUGAUGUCUUUUGCAGAAAAAAAAAUAGGAAGAGAUUCUGAAGAAAAAUCAAGGAAAAAGAAAUGUCUUUAUACAAAAAUAUCGAAGGUUGGAGUACUAGUUUUCGUUGUUUAUCCAAACUUUGUUUACCUAUUACUGCCAUGUCAAUAGUGUGAUGUUUGUGUUUUGGCUUAAAACUGGACCUCAAUGUCUGCGGUAUUUUUAUGCCUUUUUAUUUUAUGUGCGUAAAUUAAUAUUUCAAUACUUGAUUUAUGUACGGUAUUUGAAUAUGUGUACUGUUAAAUCACCUAUUUAUAUCAAUGGAUGUGUUUUAGUAUAGGGAGAGACAAGUUGCUACAAGUUCGCCAAUUUGGAAGUACAAUAAAGAUACACUGAAAGAA